CCACGCUGAUCUCGCAUCUCAUCUCCGUGCCUCGUGCGCCUCACUUCACAUCCCCUCACCCGCACAGCCCCGCUCCUGGCUCCUUACGCGCGCCAUGCUGCUGCCCUCGUCUGCCGCUCGUCUGCCUCCUCUGCUCCCUCUCGCGCGCUGCUCCUCCACUCGGCGCCUCUCGCGUGCCGCCGGCAGCGCUGGGCCUCGGCCCAGCAGUGUCGCCUGCGCCUCCAAUGCCUCCUCCAGCUCCGUCUCCGCCUCCAGCAGCACAGCACACGUCGCCGCCGCAGCAUCACCAGCAUCACCACCAUCACCAGCAUCACCACCGCCGCCCGCGCCUCUCCCCGCCUCGCAGCCGCGCCGCCUCACACACGCCGAGCGCGACGCAGCGUUGCGCGCCCGCCUGCUCGAGCGCGAUGGAGGCCCGGCCAGUGUGCCUACACGCGGUGGCUCCUGGGACUCCGAGCUAGGACCCAACACCUCGCGCUCCCUCUUCCGCGUGCUGGACCAGACGCGCAGCGGCAAGGGCGCAGAGGCAAGCAAGGAGCGCCGCUACGGCAAGAGCGCCGUCGAUGGCUGGAAGAGGCCGGCGCCGUCGCAGCAGCAGCAGCAGCAGCAGCAGCAGGGCAAGCAGGCAGAGAAGGGUGAGAAGGGCAGUGGGUAGCAAAUUUGAAGCAGUGGUCUAGAAU